UUAAGAUUGAAUCCUGAAUUGUGACUCUAUAUCCAAAAUUUAUCAUCGGAUCUGAAUAGUUACUUAUAGUUAACAAUGGCAAGUUUAAAGAGAAAUACGAAAGCGAUUUUCGGGAAAUCUCGAGAUGUAUCAACUGAAAGUCUCAUCUCAUCUGCUCCCAUGGAUAAAAGGAUUAGACCUACUUCUCAAUUCGAGAUUUUUGAGUACUAUUCUCGAAGAUCUUCAACAUGGUACAACAAAAAGCACUUUCUGAGGAAGUCUGUUCAAAGAUUUCAUAAGUUUACCAUCAUCAAAGAGCCAAUCAGAGAUUAUUACAACAUUGGUCAAGUGAUUGGAAGUGGUAGAAAUUCUCUGGUGAAGGAGGCUUCGAGUAAAGUCGACCCAGCCAUGAAAUUCGCAAUCAAAGUCUAUAAGUUGAAAGAUUGUGAAGAUUAUUCACUCUCGAUUUUCCAAGAGAUUUGAUGUCUGAAUAAACUAGACCAUCCAAAUAUAGUCAAGCUUCAUGAAGUUUACUUUGAAGGAAACAAGAUUUACCUUGUUAUGGAUUUGGUUGAAGGGACUUCCCUCUAUGAUUACAUCAAUAACCAUGAUGAGCUUGAAGAGGAGGAGAUCAGGAAUGUUGUUAACCAGCUCCUGAGGACAAUCAAGUACAUGCAUUCAUGUAAAAUUGUGCAUCGAGAUGUGAAUCUAGAUAACGUCAUUUUUAAUCCAGACACAUGUCAAGUUCGGGUCAUCGACUUUGGCUCUUCAUGAUAUUUUUCUGAAGAACAGGAUAUGAAAGAUAAGGUUGCAACUCCAUAUGCUAUAGCUCCUGAAGUCUUGACAGGGAGCUAUAAUAAAGAGUGUGACCUCUGGGGAGUAGGGAUUAUUGCUUAUGCUCUAUUUUCAGGGUAUCUUCCCUUUAGAGGAAAUACAUCCUCUGCAAUUUACAAAGAAGUCUUAUGAAAAGAGUUAGACUUCACUUUAAAGCCCUGGUCUUUGAUUGCUUAUGAGGGAGGCCAGUUCAUAGAGAGUCUUUUGGAUAAAGACCCUGAGAGGAGAGCUACAGUUGAUUAUGCUCUUAAUCACUCUUUUAUUAAAAAUCCAGAGAGUCACAAAGUUGAAUAUGACGAAUGCUUAUUGGAGAAAUUGUUGUACUUUGAGAACUCAAUUCUCCUUAAGAAGGAAAUCAUUAACUUAGCAAAGAUUAAGAUACAGCCGCAUGUACUAGCUAAGCUAGAUCAAACAUUCCUCAGCCUUGACCCUAAUUGAGCUGGACUUAUUGAUUUAAAGCAACUGAGAACAGGGUUCUACUGCAUUGGACUUGAUCUAAAUCGAUCUUAUCUUUCAUAUUCAGGGUUCUUAGCCAUUGCUAUUGAUUUGGAUAAUGAUGAAAUAGAGAGUACCUUGAAACACUUCAAGGUAGAUGAGGAUGAUCUUGACCAGACUAUUGACAGCUUUAUCAGAAUAAGAUCUCAUAGCGAAAGUCAUCUCAAACUUAGAAAUGAAAUCAAAGAUGCAUUCCAAGAACCUUCUUGUUCAAGGGAGAAGGACUUGUUUAGUCAUCUUAUCGUAAAGGAUGCCUCCUAA